AUGACCACCAGCGCCGAGCGCAGCGCUCGCCCAGAACGCUCCUCCGCCGGUCGCCAACUCCCCAAUCCUGUUGCCGAACUUUCGGAUCACUUCGUCUUCACGACCCUCACCCCAAAGGAGGCAAGCCAGGGCCCGUACGCCCAUCCCACAACCGGAAGGACUAUCGAGCUUUACACCCUCGAUGACAUCCUUGUCUACACUCCGUUCAAGAACGACUACGGACCACUCAAUCUGGCGUACACCUAUGAUGCGUGCGUCGCUCUGUACGAGAAGAUGAAGGAGAACAAGAGGCGGCCGGUCUGCCUGUACACGGGCCCAACGGCAGAGACCAAGACGAACCUGACGUUGAUGGCGGCACUCUACUGCCACAUCGACCCUUGGGAGGCUUUCCAGACCAUUGCGCACAUCGAGGUUAUUCCGUUCCGUGACGCAGGCAACGGCCCGAACGAGUUUGCUCUCAGCAUUCAGGCGUCUCAGAACAAGCUGCUCAUGCUGCGGGAGUUUGACGCCCAGGACUACCGGAACGGUGACCUGAAUGUCCUCGGUCCCUUCGUGGCGUUCGCUUCUCCCAUGGAUCCAGUCUGGAUCGCGCGAAACACACCCGAGGGUGAGAAGGCGCCGGAGUACACCAGUGGACAGAAGCGAAUGCUCGUCGGAGCCUUUGAGAAGGUCUUGAACAAGUUCGAAGACGAGGAGGUUGGCGUGGUCAUCCGCCUCAACGAUGAACUGUACAACAAGGAGCGGUUCCUCGAGAGGGGCUUCAAGCAUGACGAGAUUGUCCGCCAGUUCAUUUACCUUGUCGAGGAGUGGGUGUCGAGGGGCAAGAAGAUCGCUGUUCACUGCAAGGCCGGUCUGGGACGUACCGGAGUCCUCAUCGGAGCCUACCUGAUCUACAAGUACAACUUUACGGCCUCCGAGGUUAUCGGUUACAUGCGUGUUGUCCGCCCCGGAAUGGUCGCCGCCGUCGACGCGAUGCGCCGGCCCGCCGAGUCCCUCCCCACGCCGCCCCAGGAGUACGAGGACGUCUCGCUGCCGGAAGAGCAGGUCGAAGAGUCUCGGCCCCGGCGUCCUCUCACACCAGCCCGCAUGGUCCAGUCCGGCGGCACGACGAAGCAAGGCGAUGCGGUCGGACAACCGCGCAAAGGCCCUCAAGGCAAGAACACGACGAUCGAGCUCACCGUGGUGGCCGACGAACCCUCAUCAUGCUCUUCCAGAGCUGGCAAAGACCGAACCGAUGCUUCAGCUAGGGGAGUGAAGCGUGGCUCUACGCGCGCGCCUGUUGCGUCGACGGGUUCUCAGAGCGUUCGUGGUGAAACCCCCAACGGGGAUCUGACUGCUCAGCCGAUCCUCGCCCGCUCGCCCUCGAACGCCAGCUGCAGCUCGAGCAACUCCGAGAUCGACCAGCGUUCCCCCAAGCGCCGGCCUAGGGACUCGCCACUGUCCAAGUCUGGUCUGAGCUCGCCUCCGCCAAGUCGCGACUCUACGCCAUUCGGUGACGAGGAUAACAGCACGUUCCCGAUCGCCGAGCACGACGAGCCGCAAACGCCUCCGCAACAGAUGAAGAAGCUGGCCACCCAGCCGCUGACGCCGCCUUCGCCCUCCCUUAGCAAGGAACACGGACGUACGAUCCCCAGGCGGGGCACACUUCCGUUCGGCAAGGAGGAGAAGGCGUCGGCCACUUCAAGUGUGUCGGGAUCGACGGCGUCGGCCUCGGAGAACUCUGCAUUCUCGGACAGCAGCGAUCCCGUUGAGCCGAAGCCGCCUGCCCCCGCUGCCAUUUCGCCCCGCGUCAAGGUGUCCAGCCGGCGCUCGAACCCCACCCCGCGCUCGUGGACAACGCUGUCCCGCCUCGGCGGUGCUGUCUCCAGCAUGGUGACACCUGUCGCUAACUCUACCGACUGUGAGCUGCUUUUCAGCGACUUGAGCUGA